AUGAACGAUUCCAACCAAUCACCUGUCCCCGCCCUCAAUACACCAUCCUCCCAACCAAAGAAACGCACUCGCGUAACACCAUCACAAUUGACAAUCCUCGAAGAAACGUUUGCACUUAGUGCUACACCGGAUAGCAAGAUGCGUAAACAACUCGCGCAAAAGUUGCAAAUGCCGGAGAGAUCGAUACAAAUUUGGUUUCAAAAUCGACGAGCCAAGGUUAAGAUGCUUCAAAAACGAGCAUUGAUGCGUGAGGAACAAGAAGCAGCCAAAGCUCGUCUGUAUGCGGAAGCAGCAAUGUAUGCCCAGCAGCCAUAUUGGCUGCCACAGCGGUCGCAAUCAGCCAAAGUACCUAUACAGCGUGCCUGGAGCUCAGACAUGUCCGCACCGAUGCCUCCGCCUCCGUUUGCUGGUGUACCACCACCACCGCCACCGCCACCACAUCCGCAUCCACAUCAUCAUCAUCAUCAUUAUAAUAAUCCAUCAUCUAUCACCGCGGCUACUACAUUACCUUUGUAUCCAUUAGCAACGCCUUUCCCGAUGAGUGGUACUAACUCGAUCACCAACAGUGUCUGUCCUACACCACCAAUAGCUGGAUCGCUUGAUAAUAACAGCAGGACAGCCUCGAAUGUAUACCACCAUCAUCAAAACAUAUCGACACCACCACCUUAUGUAGCUUCUGGUUCUGCCAGUGAGAUUAUGAUUGAUCCCCGCGUUCGUCGUACUGAUAGUGAACCUGCUCCAUCUUCCUCUUUGUUACCAGAAAUGACUAUAUCCAAUGGAAUUAUCACGGCGAGCUCCCUGACGAUUGGAACAUGGCAUCGCAUGAGGAUCACGUUGCAUGAUUUGGUGUGUCACUACGAUGCAGGCGAACGUGUUUUUGCAUGGCACAUUCGUGAUAGCGAUUACCACUUCAAGAUGGUACUGGCCUUUGAUAGUGUAACAGCAAUUGAUGUCAUUCCAUUGGGUGAUGACUUAUCUGCAGAAAUGCAUAUCGAUCUUGCUGAAGCACCAUUGUUUUUCAUGGAGAAUGACAGCACCUGGGUUCAAUGUAGUGAUUUUACUGAAGGAAUGCAAGCUUCUGUUAUCCUACGUCAUUCUAUUCGAGGCCUCUGUGGAGAUUUACGUAAUGAUCUUUUCGCAUUAGCUAGCAAUGAUGACCACCUAUGCCAAAUCACACGUUUUGAUGAUCCCUCUGCUGCAGCAGGUAUACCAGCACCUCCUCCUCCUUCAGCCUUUGACGACGCCCUUCUCGGCCCCUCAUGGCGACAUCAGAGCCUUCCCCUUGCUACUGACUUUGGCUGGACAAAUCCUGAUUCUUCCUUUUAA